AUGAAGUAUCUUGAGUCAUGUGUGAAGACAAGGUACAUUCUCAGAGGUCAAUUGGCAAAAAUUGCACCGUUGGCAAAUGUCAAUAUCCGAGUCAACAUACCUACAGCUAAAGGUUCUUCACAUGACGACUAUGUUGUUGACAAAGACUUACCAUGGUUGAAGAUUGUAAUUGUCCACAACCACUUCAUGUUGAACGAAAGUCUUACAAACCCAUUCUUUGGUAAAAGUAAGUGCAACAUUGUCAGAGCUGUAAACAUUCUUUUCGAGAAAGGUUUGUUGGAACCAAUUCCAGAUGACAAGCUGACAGAAACUUUUGUACCAAAAGACGAAACAAACUUUUCAUUGUUAGCAAGACCAAAAGUUGUUCCAGACAAAGUUCUAGUACAAAAGAAGUACACAGUUCCACAAGGGGUUGGUAUGUUCGGAUACCAACCUGAACCAGAAGAACUUCCAAUGAGGUUGCAAGAACUUCAAGAUGCUAUAAACAAACUUCCAUUGAGACAUCCAAUUGACGUCAAAUUGUAUUGGAGAGCAUCUGAGUUAGGUCAGAAGGUUUUAUAUGAAACAGGUUGCUUCGACGAUGUUUAUGAGAUAACAGGAGAAGUUUCUCAGAAGAUAAGAGACUCACUUGAAUUUCCACAAACUGGACCAAUUGGUUGCGACAAGUUCGACUCAGAUGAAAAGAUAUACUAUGUCGACCUUAACGCUGCAUACAUGA